AUAGAGAGAAUUUAUUACCUUUUGAACCAUAAGUUAAACGUGAAUAAAUGGUGAAUGAUGAUACCCCUGCGGCUGUGGUGACAUUAAAUUAACCCUAUAAAUCCAACUCUCAUCUCCGCUAUUGCAUAUAGAUCUUAGAUUAAAGUAAGAAUCCAGAAAUGGAUUAUUUUCAUUCAGUCACAGCAACAUCAACUGUUGCAAUCAUUGCUUUUCCACUACUGUUUCUUUUCUCUUUCCUAUGGAUCUCAAGAAGAAACACACACUUGAAGAAAACAGCACCAGAAGCUGGUGGAGCAUGGCCUAUUAUUGGCCAUCUCCGCAUUUUAGGAGGGCCACAACCACCUCAUAUAAGCUUGGGCAACCUGGCCGAUAAAUAUGGAAGAAUCUUCACCAUCAAGUUGGGUUUGCAUAGAGCUUUGGUGGUGAGCAAUUGGGAGAUUGCUAAAGAAUGCCUCACCAUAAACGAUAAAGCGUUCGCCACGCGUCCAAAGCUUACAAGCUCAGAACAUUUUGGUUACAACUGUGCCAUGAUUGGCUUUGCACCAUAUGGACCUUAUUGGCGUCAAGUGCGCAAGUUCUCCACUAUUGAGCUCCUCUCAAAUCACCGGCUCGAAUUGCUUAAACAUGUAAGGGAAUUGGAGGUGAAGACAUCCCUACAACAAUUAUACCAGCUGUGGAACAAGAAGAAAAGUAGUACCUGUGACAAAGUAUUGGUGGACAUGAAGAGAUGGUUCAGAGAUGUUACUCUAAACAUAAUACUAAGGAUCGUUAUAGGGAAGCGGAUACCGAAUUCAUACGAAGGAGAUGAAACCGUGAAAUGGAAGAAGUCGUUAGACGACUUUUUUGAACUAAGUGGGAAGUUCUUAAUAUCAGAUGCGUUGCCUUAUCUGAGAUGGUUGGACAUAGGUGGAGACGAGAAGUCUAUGAAGAAGGUAGCCAAAGAUUUGGACCAAGUUGCGGAGGAAUGGUUACGAGAGCACAAGGAAAAGAGAGCUGAAAAUGGGGCAAAUAGUGAGGAAGAUUUCAUGGGACUGCUACUAUCUAUUCUCAGUGAUACAGAGGAGCACGACGCGGAUACCAUCAACAAAGCCAUCAGUCUCAAUCUUAUCUUAGCGGCGGAAGAUACCUCGGCAAUCACAAUGACAUGGGCUUUGUCUUUAUUACUCAACAACCGUGAUGCAUUGAACAAAGUCAAACAAGAACUAGACAUGCAUGUUGGCAAGGAUAGACUCCUAGUGACUGAAUCAGACACCAAAAACUUAGUGUACCUUCAAUCUGUGAUUAAGGAAACACUACGCAUAUACCCUGCUGCUCCACUCAGUGUAAUCCAUGAAGCUAUUGAAGACUGCUCGGUUAGUGGAUAUCAUGUUUCAGCUGGUACUUGGCUUCUUCUCAAUCUUCAAAAGAUACAACGUGAUCCACAAAUAUGGGAAGAUCCUUCAGAAUUUCGACCAGAAAGAUUUAUGACUACUCAUAAAGACAUUGAUGUAAAAGGACAUGACUUUGAACUGAUUCCAUUUAGUAGUGGUAGAAGAAUGUGCCCUGGAAUUUCGUUUGCGCUUAAGAUUUUGGAACUUACAUUAGCUAAUGUGUUGCAUUGGUUUGAGAUUGAGACACUAUCAGGAGAAGCAGUUGAUAUGCGAGAAGCUCCAGGAUUGACGAGCCCUAAAGCAACUCCAUUGGAAGUUAAAAUAACUCCUCGCCUUCCUGCCUUUGUUUACCAAAUGGCCAACUAAUUGAUAUUGUUGGUUGGAUUUUUUUUUACCAAAAUAAACUAAUGAUUUCAAGUCUCAAUGCCUGUUGAUAUUUCUCAUUGAGCAAUUAUGUUCUCAAGUCUUAAUCCAAGUGACCAGUUGAAGGAUAACUUUUCUCAUUGAACUUGUGUUUUCAAGGAUACCCGUACAAAUACUCUGAGUUCCAAAAGAAGAAAAGGGUUGCUAGCUACAAGAUGUAUCGUGUUGAAGGUAAGGUCAAAGGGUCAUUGAGGUUGAGCUUUAGGUGGCUGAAAGAUACGUUCACACAAGCUGUUUAUGGGUGGUGGUGAUUGUAGCAGUUUCUGGGCUCUUUUGUUUCUAGUUGCUCUUAUAAUUUGUCUUGCUUGUAUCCAAGGUAUGUGUGAAAAAGAAAUUUCAAUUUUAAAAGGAAGGUUUUUGAUAAAA